AUGUAUAUUUAUAUUAAAAUUUCAUUUGCCAAGAAAAACAAAUCGUGCUACACAAUGGGUGAUGUGAGGUGGAAAUGCAUACUUCUAUGCGUCGGGUUAUUUAUUGCAACCGUGUCAUCAGCAGCGAUAACUCAGGAUCCCUUGAUAGUCACCACUGGAGAUGACAUUACCACAGAAACUAACGUAGGACCCACCACAGACGAGCCAAACGCUCCAAUUAAACUAACAGAAAUGAGGGUUCAUUCUGAGAUCGCGUUGCGUUAUGCCCGUACAGCUGUGGUCACGACUGUACGGAACCCCGCUAAGCGCUCCCAGGAAGCUGUCUUCCGGAUGCUCUUACCAGAAACAGCUUUCAUCAGUGGCUUUGUAAUGACAUUGAAUGGGAAGUCGUAUAAGGCUUACGUAAAGGGAAAAGAAGAAGCGAAGCAAAUCUACAAUGAGGCUGUUUCCCAAGGAUUCGGUGCAGCACACGUUUCCGCUAAAGCUCGCGAUUCUAACCAUUUUACAGUCAAUGUCAACGUUGAACCAAACACCACAGCAGUAUUCAACCUUACAUAUGAAGAAUUACUCGUCCGUCGCAAUGGUGUCUACAACCACGCUAUCAACUUGCACCCUGGAGCAUUGGUGCCAAAGCUGAAAGUCACGGUACACAUCAAGGAAACUGAGAAGAUCACAACCUUGAGGGUACCGGAAGUAAAAACCGGUAACGAGGUGGAUGCCACAGAUGCAGAUGCUCAGAACCCUAUUGCUGCCAUAGACAGAGGUCAUGAUGAUAGAGAAGCGACGAUCACCUUCAAACCAGAUUUAAUAGAGCAGAGAAGACUUAUUGAUGUUUAUUCGGCCAAAUCUAAGGAAUCGGCAGCAAGCAGACCAUAUUAUUUCCAACAUAACGUAGAAGACAAUCAAGAGGGAACCAUCGGACAAUUUAUUGUCCAAUACGAUGUUGACCGGACAAACAAUAAGGAUAUUUUAGUAAACGAUGGCUAUUUCGUUCACUUCUUAGCGCCAAGUUCGCUACCUCCUCUGAAGAAGCACGUAGUCUUUGUUCUGGAUACAUCCGGAUCUAUGAUGGGUCACAAAUUAGAUCAGCUGCGAGAGGCCAUGCAGACCAUUCUGGGUAAACUCUACGCUGGCGAUUACUUCAGCAUCGUGGAGUUCAACUCUGACGUCGUGGUGCAUGAUCUCAAGGAAGCAGAUGCUCCUCCAGCUGAGAGGAAACAUUACUGGAAUUACCAACCUCACCAAUCGGAAAACACGGCUCUGGUGCCGCCAUCUCGUGCCACCCCGGAGAACAUAGAGAAAGCUAAAACCAUUAUAUCCAGACUGCAGUCGUUUGGAGGUACAAACAUCCACAGCGCUUUAAGCGUAGCGAUAGAUUUAAUUCGCAAAGGCGUCGACUGGAAAGUUAAAUCAAAUGAAUCCAAACCCGACUCUACUACUGCGGCUCCAGAACAAGGAAAGGCUUUGACAGUUGAUGAAGGUGUUAAGAACGAAUUGGAACCAAUUGUAAUUUUCCUUACGGACGGAGACCCAACUGAAGGAGAGACCAGCACAGUGCGAAUUAUAAAUCAUCUCUCGGAGAAGAACUAUGGAGAAAAGAAAGCGUCUAUAUUUUCCUUAGCUUUCGGCGAAGACGCGGACCGCAAUUUCCUCCGGAAACUGUCUCUGCGUAACGAAGGGUUCAUGAGGCAUAUCUAUGAGGCAGCAGAUGCAGCACUGCAGCUACGCGAUUUCUAUCAGCAAGUCUCAUCGCCCCUACUCUCCAAUGUUCAUUUUACGUAUCCCAAAGAUCAGGUAAAAGAGGGUUCAGUGACACGAAGCAAGUUCCACGCAGUGUUUGCCGGUUCAGAAGUAGUCGUUGCUGGUCGCGUAUUAGAUAAUGUUGAUGUGAUCGAGGCACAAGUUGAUGGAUUCUGCGCUGUUGAUGAUGGUUCAGGAAAGAAAAAAUACGCGAUCCUGCCUAAAAUUCCAGUAAGCACCACUAAAAAUGAAUACAUGCCUCUCGAAAGACUGUGGGCGUACCUCACGAUCAAGCAAUUGUUGGACGAAAAGGACGCAAGUGAUUCAGAUGACAAAUCCGAGAAGAGUCCUGAGAAAAGGGCUUUAGCUAUAGCUUUGAAGUACGAAUUUGUAACCCCGCUGACGUCUCUGGUUGUAGUAAAGCCAAACGCUACUAAUGCUGUCAAUGCAGAAUCUGUAGACAACCAGCGUCCAGAAUAUUCUGCUUUCGGAUCAUAUGGCCCACCAAGUCUUUCGGCUGGUUAUGGACAGUCUAACGCUUUGUCGGCGGUAUCCUUCUCUCAACCCAUCGCAACUUUGCAACAUCAAUUCGGCCUUCCGGGACCACCGAUGCAAGAGCCUGUUUUCGAUGAUAUAGAAGCAGAAGAAAUAGAUAAUCGUUAUGAAGACGAAGACCGCGCUGAUGAUUUGCGUAGUAGUUUCGCCUCAUUUCCAAGAGCGCAGCAUUUUUCGGGUUCAAGAUUUCGACAUCAACCAAGUUACAAACACUCCCUCCGUACCUCUUCAUCCUAUGACCUAGAUAUGGACAGUUUUCCAGUCUCGUCUAUUUUUGGCGCUCCACCUGCUCUUUCUACAACAUCUGCACCUAAAGUGGAAUUACCGAAGGCAGAGCCUGCCUCGCCGUUAAUGAAGUAUAACUUGCAAGAUUUUGGUUGGGCAGAAAAUUUACUUGACGCUAGCGCGGACGUAUUAAAACUGUCAGUCAACGGUACUCAAGUGGACCUUAAGUUGUAUAAAACUGGAGAAACUGUGACUGAAGGUGAAGACUCUACUUGUGACAAAGCAGGAGGUGGCGUCAGUGGGGCGUGUGUGUAUAUCACUCGGUGCCGCUCUGCCAAGACCAUCACCUCUCAACAGUAUCAAGAAUUAUACUGUACUGUGGGCAACGGAUAUGCUGGAGUAUGCUGCCCGAGUGACGAUGUGGAUAAAGCUUAA